CCGCACGGAGGCGCUGUGAGUUAUUGUUGUAUUCGUUCCGGCGAAGAAGAAGCAGAACCCACAACAAUAACACUGCUAGCAAGAAGAGAAUGUGAGCAAUUUCGCUCUUGAAUCCAGUCAUAAAUCUUCAUUCUAAUACCGAACGACAGCUUCUGCUUAUAAGUAACGUCACGGAAAGUAGUUUGCGGCGGCAACUUUUUCUGGUCGAGCUCCCAUUUAGACUUUUAGCCGCUAGCUUAGCGUGUAGUCAGCGUACUUGUUGUUUGAUGUCAGUGGCGUCACGCUGCGUGUGCAAACAUGGAGAGUUUGUACAAGCGCAAAAUGUUCGCUUCAAUGCGCAAAACCAAGACCGACCUGUCGAAGAAGAGGGAGAUCGGCUUGCCUGCGUCCAUCCUGGACGACAGUGACGAAGGCUCCUUCUCCUCGUCCUCGUCCUCCAGGUCCCAGUCCGACUUCCACAGCUCCCCGGAGGACAGCGACCAGGACGAGUGGAAAAGGUCUGACUCCGGGGACACUUCCAGCGACCACAGCCGCUCCGUGACUCGCAAGAAGCGGUCCUUCCUGGGAGGACGGGACAGCUCGUCCUCAUCCUCGUCCUCAUCCUCAUCGUCCAGCACUGGCAAAGAUGAUGAUGAUGAUGAUGAUGAUGAUCGUGGUGGUGAUGGGGGGAAGAAGAAGAAGGAUGAUGCAAGUCAAGUGAAGAAGAUGGGGCCGCCACGGAAGAGGAGUCGGCUCCAGCGACAAGAUGAUUCGGACUCGGACGGCGCGGACGAGAAGCGGAAAAAAGAAGCGACCGAGAAGGCCAAGAGGAGACAAAGACACAACAAGCUGCUGGCGCUGUCCAAGAGGAUGAAGGCCCGGGUUCCAAAUCGGAGGUGGAACCGUGUCAAACAGUCUUGUACUUUCAGGAUGAGGAUUCCAAAGAUGAUGAAGAUGAAGCUGAUGGAGAUAAAGAUGGAGGAAAUGACGGCAAGGCUGAAGCAUCAUGUGCGGAUGCAGGAGAAAAGAAAGAAGAUGAGGACAAAGAUAAAGCAGUCGAGGAGGUGUAAGUCGUGAGCAAUGGAGUAUUUACGUUAAGACACAAGUCUACUGCGAUGACUCAUUAGCAUCAUGAAGGACAAGCUUGCAUACAAGGAAUCAAUAUUAAUUAAUAAUAAUAGGGCAAUGCAGCUGCUUGUGAGGAAAAGUGGAGCUACUAGGUCUUCACUUUUUUGUGAUUCGGAAUAAUCCAACUUGUUUUGGGUGAAGAAAUUUUGUUUUUCUUCUGUGUUCAGACUUGGCAGAAGACACCUUGCAGUAUGAGGGAGCGAGUAUGCAAAUGUCAAUGGAUAUACAAUCUAAAAACACAGGAAGCUCCAUUUUAACAGUAGCCCGCAGUGUGAAACACAUGUUGUACAAAUGUGCUUUUUAUUCAUAGAAACACACAAAAUACUGCUUCUUUUCAAGCAGGGGUCUCAAACUCAAUUUACCUGGCAUGUCAAGUAUUCGCUUCAUAAUCAUAUUUUAACCAAGUUAUGACAGACAUAUUAACUUGUUUAGCAGCUAUAGUGAUCCUUAGCUAUGGAAGGACUCAAUUCAUUGUAAAUACAAAAUGUAUGCAUUAGAAAACAAAACAAAAGGAAAGUUAUAUUUUGACACUGAUGGGUUAUUCAGAAGAUUUUCAGAGACACUUCAGCUUGCUUAAAGGAAUAACUAGCUAACAAACACACUCUGUAGGGCAGAGGCCUUCAACAGGGGUCCGCAGAGAUACUGCAGGGGGUGUUGUGAAAUUUUUCGGUUGAUUGAACAUUUUUUAUAUAUUCUUUUAUAUUCCCACUCACGAUUUUUCCACAAAUGUAAAUGUCUUUAAUUACAAAAACACAUUGAUCCAACACAGUGCUGUGUCGUUUAUAAAUGGCAGUGACAUGACGAUUAUACUCACUGUACCUUGUAAGUUUGAAAUAAAAACAUUAAUUAAUAAUAAUAUUAUUAUAUUCAUGCCAGCCGGGCUGCCUACAUCCAUUUGGGGGAAAACAUUGAAGACCCCUGCUUAGGGCAACGACUAUCACUAUUGGAGGAUGAUAUGUUUAAACUCUAAACAUGUACUUUUUGCAACUAUUUACAUAAACAUGCCGCAAAGCUGGGUCAGAAAUGAUGCCAGUGUUCUGUCAAAAUGAGCUGCCUGGUCAAAAAAAGCUACCAUUUACUAUUUCCGAUGUAAACAAAAUGUAGGCUACCAUUAUUUGCUUCAUUGUGAACUUCCUUACACUUUAAGUGUCUACAUGCUUACUGGUCAGAAGACACAAUUAAAGGAGCCAUAUGUAGGAAUCUGGCCAGAAAUGGUACUGCAAUCACGGUCAAAAUUCUGUAGUCCCCCUCAAACCGCCUCCCUGACUGAGGUUGCCAGAUACCCAGCCAAAUCCAGCUCGAUCAACUGGGCUACUCCAAGGAACUUCCAGCUUCCACUGCCUCUUACUAGGGGUUGAGGUGCUGGGACCAUAAUAGCUGAAUAGAAACGUGUUUUGUCAAUAACAAAUCUCUAACCAACACAUUUUAUGCAGAAAUUAGGCUUUUUUCAAGAAGACGUACGUCAUGCCUGUGUACAAUAUCACAACAAAUCGCAAUCAUAUGGUUAUUGUCAGUACUAUCAGAAAACAAAGACUCAAACGAACUACAAGCAAUGGUGAAAAUAAGUACAGCAUGCUUAGCAGCCUAAUGUACGCCCAAAACUAAAGAGGAGACAUUUUACCAAGGUAUGCCUAUAGGCUACUGUUUCAAACGUUUCAAAUUGCCAUACAACUUGGUACAUGUAGUCCACAAUAUGCAAACGCGAAUGAGGAAUUAUUUUAUCAUGUAAUUUGGCUGUCUCCAUACGUUUCACAUUGCCACGACAGCCGCGCUAAUGUCGGAACCCAUUUCCUCAGCGUAUCAGCAUAUUGAGAACAAAAUAGGCCCUGACACUACCCAUAUCCACGUAGGUUUUAUUUGUCGAAAAUAUAUUUUGCCCUGUCAGUUCAAUUACACAUCGACAUACAGGCUAAUGGGCCUACAUGUCGAUGUGUACGCUCCCAUUGACCGGGCUAGCAUGCUAAGCAUUCGUUGCACGAACAUACUAGCUUUGUUAGUCAAGUUCAUACACUGUAUUGGACAAUAUAGUUUACAUACGAAAUGUCCGUUUCCAUUUAUUACAAGUAAUAAGAAAACGUAAUUGCCUUACUUACCUAUCGAGGAGGAAAUUAGCAAGUUUGGCGUCAGAUGAAUAACGCCUUCAAUCGUCUCCAUCUUUCAAACCCAUCCCUGAUACAAAUCCUCGUUUUGUUCCUGGCUUUGUCAUGAAUAAGUUGAGAAUCGUAACGACGCCUUUUAGAUUUACUAAGGUCUGACAUGUUUAGUAACUUUACCAGUGGCGGUAGCUAUACUAAGAUGGCGGUGCGUAACUGGCAACGUGGAUGUGACACAUUAAUGGACUUUCUAAUUGGUUUAAAUGGUGGUGGGAGGGGCAUCGAAAUGAAAAAGAUAACAAGAUUUCGGGGCUGUAAAUCUAAUUUUGAAAUGAGCAUAUCCCGGCUGAACUACUGUUAUCAGUUAUAGAGGUGUUUGAAAAGAACAUGAUUUAUUAAUGCCAUUUGAUAUAUCAGGGCCAUUUAGUGAUGACUUGACAUGAAAUUCUUACAUAUGUCUCCAUUAAAGAAAUAUAAUUCAAAAUAAUGACUUAAUUUUAGGGCGAGUGACACAGUUUACACAAGGUAAGUCUACACAAAGUAGUUCAUUUUGAUUGAUACUUUGCUCGAGGAAAACUUUAGCAUUGAUGCGCUGUUUUAAUGGGUAGCGCAUGUUGACAGAACACUGGCUCCCAGCAUGUUUUGCGGCACUUGUUUUGAGAAAAUUUGCCAAAGUUAGGUGUUAAGAGUUGAUAUAUUUUGUUUGUAGUAGUUGCCCUAUGUAUUUGUUGUGUUGCCAUUUUUGUGUUUGGACCGGAAUUUUGUUUUCUGUCCACAAUUUUGUUUUAUUCGCAACUGCCCAGUGUGCGCGGGCUGCAUUUACACUAAAAUAUGAUGUGACGUACAGCAAGGGGCUGUGAGUUUGAGACCCCUGAUGUAAAGUUCCUAUCCUACAUGUGUACAGUUUCAGACCUAUGUAUAUGUUUCUAAAGUGGUUCCGAUGAUGUGGAAGUGUCAUCUGAUGAGAUUGGUGUGGUUUUAAAACGAUCCCUGCUUUCAUUUUUAUCAAACUCCUAAAUCUUGUGAACGGUCGAGUACGAGAACUUCACGAGAUUUCCACGAAAUGGUUUGAAUUCCUCUCGUCACAACUUUAGGUGACUUUUCAUGUAUGACAUCUUGCCCGGUUUCCAGUUGAUAGAGUGUAAGAAUUGUGCAUCUACAGUGGAUCUGGGUUAGUUUUUGCCUCAUCCCUCACGUAAAGCGUGAGUGAAGAAUGUGUGAAGAAUGCACCACCGACCUGAUCUGGCCUGAUAUGUCCGAAAGAAAAAGAGAUGAUACAGUAUUAUCUGCUCAAAGAUGCUAUCUGAUGCUACCGUGAAUCCGAGUAAGGCAGCCACAGGAAUAUGUUUAGUUUUCCGGGGAUCUGAAGACCUACCUCACGAUCACUCCUUCUCUGUUUGGUGAACACAUUUUGACAGAUUGUCCAAUAUUUAUCCACUCAUACCAAAUUGUUCUUUACUGUUUGAGGAAGCAUGGCUCUAUGCCAGUGUUUUUCAACCACUGUGCCGCGGCACACUAGUGUACUGUGAGAUAUUGUCUGGUGUGCCGUGGGAGAUUAUGUAAUUUCACCUAACUGGGUUAAAAAUAUUUUUGGCAAACCAGUAAUUAUAAUCCGCAAAUGUGCCGUUGUUGAGUGUCUGUACUGUCGAGAGAUCGGCAGAGUAACCAUGUAAUACUCUUCCAUAUCAGUAGGUGGCAGCAGGUAGCUAAUUGCUUUGUAGAUGUCGGGAACAUGGUUUGUCGUGAUCACAAUAUGCAGACAACAGCGUUAGGCAGUGUGCAGGUGAGAAGGGAUCUAAUGCUUAAACCAAAAAUGAACAAAAGACGAGUGACGCUAAGAAAAGGCAUUGAAGCUUAGGGAUGGCUAUGCAGAACGAAACUUAAACUGAACUGGCUGCAAAGUAAACAAAAACAGAAUGCUGGACGACAGCAAAAACUUACAUCGUGUGGAGCAGACGUCCACAAAGUACAUCCAUACAUGACAUGACAAUUAACAACAAAAUGGGAGCGCAAGACAAGAACUAAAACACUACACACAGGAGAACACCAACAACUCAAAAUAAGUUACAGCGUGAUGUGACAGGUCGUGACUGUACACCUACUUUGAGACAAGAGCUAUAGUGAUGCAUGGUUGGUUAUGGUUUAAAGUCAUAUCCAACAAUUGCAAGAACGACUUUUUACUGUCAAUGACGGCUGCUGAGAUAAUUUUUUUAAUGUUUUAUGCUGAUGGUGUGCCUCCGGAUUUUUUCAAUAAAAAAAAUGUGCCUUGGCUCAGAAAAGGUUGAAAAACACUGCUCUAUGCAGCCCUUAACCAAUCGCAACAGAACAGGUGUGGUCAGUGGCGGGGCUGCAGAAUCCAUGAGUUUUGGCCAAGAGAAGAAUGCAGAUUUUUUUUGCAAUUAAAUGAGUUUUUUUUUUUUUCCACUGUCCUUUUAAAAGCUCCUGAAAUGAAAUUGAUUUGUUUUGAAAGCCUGGUUUUAUGCCAAUAUGAUGGCCAAAGUUUUAUUAUUUUCAUUAUAAAUUCAUAACCUGCAUAAGAAAAUGACUUCAGCACAGCUUCAGACGAUCGACACCAUCAGCUGAGUUUAGGAACAACGUGAAUUGAGUGAUCAUGCAUUGCUGUCAGUGCUAACAUGAUAUAUUUUAUGUUAUGUUCUACUACCAACACAUUUGUCUGUCUGUUAUCUAGUUAAAAGACACAAUUUGUCGCCUAUAGUGGGUCAUAUUUUGUUUGCUGUUAUAACAAUCUUAACGAAAUGUCUUUCAAAUAUCUUAUUUGACAACACAUUCUUAUGAAUGAACUAAAAGAUUGUAAUUGAUGAUGAGCAUGAAUGAGGCUUUUGAUGGAAUUAUCUUUUUAUGACUUGACUUGAGUGUCAGACACAUCAAUGAGGCCGCUUGUAAAAUACAUGUAAAUGUUUCCAAAACAACCUUUUUACUAUGUAAGAAGUUAUGUGUGUGAAUGUAACACACCGGUCAUUUGAAAUGUGCUUUUUUUUACCUUCAUGACUGCAUUUCAGUGACGAUGUGCUUACAUAGUAAAAACAAUAAUUUUGUGUAUAUUUGCAGCUCCAUAGAAGAUUGGCAUAUACUCACUGUCAACUGCAGCAGCUUAAAACAAUCAUGUUUGAGGCCUUGAGUGUUUUAUUCAACCUGUCAGCAACAAUGUCGUGUGUUUGUUGACAAGCAGCAAGCUUCCUGAUUAAUAAAGAUUUUGUU